GUGGACUGCAUCGUCAUGGAUUGCGACGGGGUGCUUUGGCAGGGAGACACGCUCCUCCCCGGCGUGCGCGAGUCGAUCCAGCUGCUGCGCGAGAUGGGCAAGCGGCUCGUGUUCGUGACGAACAACUCCAACAAGUCCAGGCGUCAGUACGUGCACAAGUUCGAGAAGCUGGGCAUCUUCGUGGAGAAGGAGGAGGUAUUCUCCGCUGCGUUCGCCGCCGCCGCCUACCUCAAGACUCAAAAGUUUGCGAAAAAGGCGAUGGUCAUCGGCGGGCAGGGCAUCGUGGACGAGCUGAACGAGAUGUACCUCGAGGUGGACCCCGGCGUGUUCAACGCGGUGCAGUGCACGGAGAUGGAUUGGGAGGAGCUCGACAUCGACCCCGACUGCGGCGCCGUCAUCGUCGGGCAGGAUACCUCGUUCACCUACGCCAAGCUCGCGUACGCGUCGCUCGCCAUCCAGCGCGGCGCCGUCUUCGUGGCGACCAACCCGGACGCCGGGGACGCGAUCGGACCGGGCCUGAUGCCGGGCGCGGGUGCCAUAGUCGCGGCGGUGGAGAAGGCGUCGGGCGUAUCGCCGGAGAUCUACGCGGGCAAGCCGUCCGCGUUCCUGCUGGAGCUGCUCAAGGGUAACCGCGUCGACAUGGCGCGGACCCUGGUCGUGGGAGACAGGCUGGACACCGACAUCGCGUUCGGUCGGGCCGGAGGCGCGGGUGCGACGGUUCUGACGUUGUCCGGCGUGUGUGGCCUCGAGGAUGUGGACGCCGCGAUGGAAGAGGGCGGCGACAUCCCCAACCACAUCGUGCAGAGCCUGCCGCACAUGCUCGGGCUC